UCUUUUUAAUCUGUGAAGGAAAAUAAAAAAAUAAAUGUGUAUUUAGUACAUGCACGUGGUUUUAUUGUUUUUUCAUUUUAUUCCAACCAUAUUUCUUCGCUCUUAAUAGUACUAAAUAUAAUAUUUACAUUUAUAAAUAUAAUAUUACAAAGUUCUACCGGAUACUGGAAGCAAUAGUUGAUAAUACGUCGAUAUUAGUUUGUGUCACAGCUUUGUGUAGUGUUCAAUAAUUUUCUAAAAGAGGAGUUAUGGGGAAAAAAAGGAGACUGGCUAAUAAAGAUGACGAUUUUGAAUAUGACCCUGUACCCAAACAUUUAGUUACUUCACACAUACAAAAACAGGAAAAACGUCUCAUAGUUAUUUUGGAAAAUGCACAAUUAGAAACAGUCAAAGCAGGUAAUAGUUUCGAGUUGUUGAAUUGUGAUGAUCAUGCUAACAUACUACGCAAGAAUGACCGUGAUCCAGGCUCAUGUCGCCCGGAUAUUACACAUCAGUCUCUUCUGAUGUUAAUGGACUCUCCACUGAAUCGUGCUGGAUUACUGCAAGUGUAUAUACAUACUGAGAAGAAUGUUCUCAUAGAAAUAAAUCCACAAACCCGAAUACCAAGAACAUUUAAAAGAUUUGCUGGAUUAAUGGUUCAAUUGCUACACAAAUUCUCAAUCAGAGCAUCAGAUGGGCCUAUGAAAUUAUUGAAAGUCAUAAAGAAUCCAGUUACCUCACAUCUUCCUGUUGGAGUGAAGAAGAUAACAAUGUCAUUUAGUUCAAAAAUUGUACAGAACUGCAGAGAUUUAGUACCAGAAAAUGAUCCUAUAGUCUUGAUAAUAGGAGCCAUGGCCCAUGGCAAAGUUGAGGUGGAUUAUUCAGAGGAUGUAAUAUCCAUAAGUAAUUAUCCAUUAUCAGCUGCAUUAACAUGUGCCAAAUUGUGCUCAGCAUUUGAAGAAGUUUGGGGUGUAAUGUAAUAAAAUUAAUAGUAUUUACUCAACUUGCUUUUUGUGUAUUAUUACAGUAUAUUUUUGACUUUA